AUGAUCCAACUUCUCAGCACGGGGAUGCGUCUGGUUGUCUAUGAAAGUGAGUAUUGAAGUCCGCCUUGCCAGUAAAAUUGCGCUAUGAGAAUCGUCUGCACCUAAGGGCUCUAUGAAACUGCACCGUUGGUGGCUGAUUUUGGACGUCCUGUUAUAGAGGCCUGAUCUGUCAAAUUUGAAGUUCGCUUAGGUCAAAUGCUCCGUCAAAUACUUUUGUGGCUUAUUAAUGAUUUCAUUGACCUUGCUGGACUAAUAGUAGGGAUUUGUGUUCACCAUAAAGGGAAACAUGUUACCCCACACUUCUGGCAGGAGCUCUGGCAUUUUCGGUCUAAAUAUUACAGGUGGAUAUCAUUCUGCUUCCCUUGUCAGCGAACUCUCUCCUCAACUAACCUGUAACCAGCUGACAGAUGUGAGAGGUUUUCGUGCAAAGGUGGGCUACGCCUGGAAGUAAAUUCUGCGGUACUGCCUGAACUUUAUUUGCAAGACUGCGCAGAGAACAUAGAUUUAUGUGGCGAAAUACAGAGUCCAGCAGAAGUUAAAAGAUCGCUUUUUUGGAAGAAAAGUGAUGCGCUUGGAGGCGACUAACGUAAGCCCAACUAUGCUAAGAGGCUAAUAAAAACACAUGCCCAUAUGGGAAGGAGGAAACAGCAAAAACUUACCUACUUACGGCCUUAAAAGCAACGCGUCUACCAGUAUAACUGCCAUGUCGUAAAGAUAUUUGAAUAUAUUAGGCGCGUUUUAUUAAGGAGCUCAAUGCAGUACUUUCGAAGACAGGAUGUCUUCUCCAGUUAUAUCGUCUGUGCCUGCCUCUAGCCAUCUGGAGUAAUUACGCUAACAGUAUGUUAACUUGUUAUAUCUCUAAAAUUCCGAAUGCUUGUUGUCGGUGUGUUUUUCUGUUUGCACGGUGGUUUGCCUAGGUACAGCUCCUGCAGAGAGCUGUUCCGUGCAGAUGAUGCCCGAAAACGGGGUCCAGAUUGGGAUAUUGCAGGCGUUAACAAGGCAACGCCGAGUAACCACAUCCCAGAUUAUACGAUACACAUGGGACUUGGUGAAAAGGCACGUCUGAAUGAGGGCAUCACUCAGCGUCAGCCAACUGCGCCCAAUCCUAGCCUCAGAUAAUUGACAGGCUCGGAGAGCGGACUGAUGUAUGGAGGGGAGAAGAGAGAGUGAGGCCGACACUACAGAAUCGAUUUUUAAUCCAUUUCAGCGUAUUCUUUACCGCAAAAAAAGACGUCCUUGGAAUUAUUAAUACGUUCCAAACAUCAUGGUUUGGAAGAAAUUCAACUGACUGGUAGCUCGGUUCACUCUGGAAGGUCUCUUAUUAAUGUGGUCUCCACGGCAGUCUUGCUCAGGUGGGAUCCACACUGCUCCCAAAUUUGGCGAAAAAAUGGUCCAUUAUGCAAGGAAUCGGUCGUGUGUGGCUACGUAGACGGAAUACUCAGCGUUAUCAACAGCCGCACCCGGGUCGGUUUCCGGUCUUUCUGCGUCUGUUUUGACACUGAGCCCAGAUAGGCAGGGAGGAGACAGUGCGGCAGUUUCUGAGCAGGUGUACUAUAACUACCAAUUAAUCUACAUGCAAUUCAUUUCCACGUCAGCAUGCUGUAAGGCAUUCGGUGGACGUCGUAUUUCGAAACGCUCAAACUGUUGUUUUACAGACAGUGAGAGUCAACUUAUCCCAGCAUUUCGUAGCAUUUCAAGCCAAGACUCUUUGAGCGUCGUAAUAGAUACAAUCGUGCCAGGCUUAUUAUAGUGAAUAAAGUACUGACUUGCCGUAGAAAUGGAUCACUCGGUAUUGGUCUCACUGUAUAUUCCCUAUUGAGCGCACUAACCCCUUAUUGAGCCUGUCAUCUAGCUGGCGAUGAGAUUCGCUGGGGUUAAUAACAAAGCCAGACAGCCCGUUGUCUGAAUUACACGCUAUCUGACCAUCAUUGUGCCAACCAUACCGGCAAUGACAAAGCGUAUCAUAUAUUUACUAAAAGAAAGAUUUAAACUAUUACAGGGUAUAAUGCGUAGUGUGGACGGGAUUCAAAUGUGACCCAGGGAUAUAUGUGUGUGUGGGCAGGUAAAGUUAGGUGUGUUGGUAAGAUCUGACAUACAGCUUUAUCGAAUGGCGCACAUAGCCGAAUAUGUUAGUGACAUGACUGAACGUUCCUAGACAGUUUGGUUCAACCUACCUUCAAUAAGUGGGCAGGAAUGAGAGCGGAAUUUUUUCUUUGAAAAAUCACUUUGUGUGGUUUGGAGACUCAUGGCGAAACCCCAAAAGAGGGGGUUAAGCAGAACCUUUUAGCAAUUCAAAAUUUACUAAAUGACAGCCAAGAAUACAAUGAGGUGGUUGAAAUAAAAAAAUGUCCUCCAUUUUGGGUUCCCUGUUGAAGAUACAGCAAAGGGGAUGAGACCAAGAUCAUCAAAAGUCGUCUUGGUAGGCAGGCAGCAGGCACAUCUAAUUUGGUCUCAAAAUCCAGGCUGCCAAGUAACCACCAUAGAAUGCUUCUUCACCAGAUUUGUGUCCUUCGAGCAAAUGAAAAGGAGGACACUGAUAGCAGAGCUGACAAGGCGUCAGAACGAGGGAGAAAAAAAUAUACAGAUUGCAAUCAGCAAAUCUGUAAAAACGAAACGCGAUUUUCUAUGGGAUCGUCCGGCCAAAUUAAUGGUUCCAACGCCAGUCAUCAGUUCAUCGAACACUUGUAAAUUCGAAGACAGAGAGUAAACUAGAUAUGUGGUGCGAAGCGUACAGCACUAGUUUUCAGGUGCAAAACCAACAAAACACUUCCGAAGAGCGAAGAAAAAGUAUAACAUGACGCACACUAAUGCGCAGUCUUUUAAACAACACUUUAACACGGACGCCCGAUUCUGAAAUGAACGGCAAUCAAGCUGUUUGCGUCUAAUCUUUAGUAGGGAUAAAAACUGUACCAUUGGAUUGAAUUCUAACUCGACUCUGAGCCGAAGGGAUCACUGCGUUCUUGUUUGGGAGUCUAGUCAUUUUGCUGUAUCUGAAAUUCGGAAGGUAAAGAAAAAAAUGUAUGGGAAGGGGAUUAUUCCAAAACGAAAGUAUUGUCAGCUGAGUUAGACUGAAAGCAUGCACGUGCAUCUACCCCAAACGCCGGUUGAGUCUCUUUUAAGAAUUGAUUCGAUAGUUGGUAGAGGAGUGUUGUCCGCUUCAAAGGAGAUUGUGCGUCUCCCCACCAGAGUGUGUGACAUCGGAAUUUAAAAGAGAUCCCAAGAAGAGAAGGAGAUUGUGGAGGAGAUAUGCCAGAUGUAAACAAUCUGAGUGUUUCUCUGAAUUAAAGAAACUGCUUACUAGAUGUCGCAAUCUCCUGAGGAGGGAAAGAGGAGUGUUUGAGUCACAAAAUGUCAAAGGAAUACCAAGGAAUCCGAAGAAGUUCUUCGGUUACGUGAAUAAGGUAUAACGCAAUCGGGACUAUAUUCCUUGUCUAAAUGAUUGUCAGGGAAGUAAGUUGACCGAUAACUUAGGUAAGACGAAUCUCUUAUCCGAUUUAUUUAUGUCCGUGUAUACCGACAAACUGCCUUUUUACGAGAAAGUACGCCGACAGAUUGCCCCACCUUGAAAUAAAUUAAUACGGUAAUGUUCACAAAGGACGUAGUGAGGAAAACUCUGGGACAGCUACAGCCUAUUAGAUCGCCUGAUUGGGAUGGCAAUCUGCAAAAUUUCUGAAUGGACUUGCAGGCCAACUGACCUCCCUUUUCGGUAGAAGCGGGGACUUUGCCUACUUACUAGAAGCUGGCCAACUGAGGCCCCAUAUAUAAAGGUGGAGAUCUCCAGAUAACAUCGUCAAACAGUUUCAGACCAAUGAAUCUCACAAGCAUUUUCCGAAAACUAAUGGAGAAGACAAUAAAAAAGAACUGAUGAGGCAUGUUGAGGAGGAGAGGUUGUUUAGCGCGACUCAACGUGGAUUUAGAAGCGGUCAAUCCUGUUUCAUUAACCUGCUCACACCCAUAGAAUGUUGGACAAAAUCCUUAUAAAUGGGUUUUUCAGUAGAUGCAGUCUAUAUUAACUUCAGCAAAGCCUUUGGCGGGGUAAAAUUCGGGCCACAAUCCCCUUCUUGCGAAAACCUGCUGUGCUGUGCGGGGAAGGCGGUCGUGUCGGGCACGCGACUGUGGUGCAAGCAGUUUAUAUCGACCUCAAGGAGGCCAUCGAUGAUGAACAAGAUCAGCGGCUCUUGUACAUACUCAACCGAACAGGCGUUGGGAUUAAUGUUCUGUGGUAAAUUCGGUGUUUCUUAUUCGGGCGAUCCGAAAUUGUUCACGUUGUUGACCAGUAGCUGGGGGAUGCUGCGGUUGAGACUGAUGUUUUACAAGACUUUGUCCUUGGCCAUACUCUGUUCAUUAUAUUUAGGUCAGUAUAUUUUAAGGGUAAUAGGCAAUGCCUUUGAAAACCCUAAAACACUGAACUGGAUUGUGACGUCUUGGAGCGUCAUCUGGACUGACGUCGACGAAGAGCAUUUGCAGGCAAACCUAAGCAACUCGUGCAAUGGCCGAAUGACUGACUUUUGUCGUUUAGUGCGAACGAAUGGAGCGCUCUGCGAGGAGGUGGGACUAGAUCGCCGGACUGUGGCGUUCAUCUUCUGUAUGACAUAUCAUUGUAAAAAAGACACCAAGAAGGACUUCGAUGUGUGGAUCGCGAAUUCACUUGAAUCAUCAGUAAACCGCUCAAAAGUAGCCAAGUCCACGAUGUACCUUGUCAAGCAGUCCUUAUUUACCUUUGAUGAAAACUACUUCUCCAAAGUUUAUCUAACGUUCGUUCGGCUGCAACUUGAGUUCGAUGUCCAAGCUUGAAGAACCUCGACCGCUGGGGAUUUCAGCAUCCACGAAAACGUUGAAAGAUGCGCAGCCAGGCCUGUGGCUGGACAGGGUUCACUACCAUGCAAAGCACGAUUAAUUAAUCUCGAUCCAUUUCCUUGGAGUUACAGACAGCUAAAAGGCGAUUUAUCACAAACAUUCCGCAUCAUACGCGAUCAGGGCUAUUGUCUUGUGCGUAACUAUUAGCGCGUGCACUGGCGCUUGAAGUAAUCAAUAUCUUACGGCUUUCUCUGUAGCAUACUUGUGCUUAAACUAGCUUACACUUCGACCGUCGCGACCGACGAUAUCCAUCGUGUGCUCCACAGUAAGGCGAGUGCACGCACGUAUAGUAGGUGGGCUAACUCAUGAAAUAUCAACCGAAAUUCUGAAAUGCAUUUUCGUUUCGCAAAGCUUAAUUUAAACCAAUCGCCAUGAAGCAUAAUUUUAUAAUAAUUCAGUCACAUCAGGAUGUCGGCUUUCCAAUGAACUUCUUUUCGGCUGCACGCAAAAAACUACACUCCCCUGCUAGCAGCAGCCCCGCCUAACCACCUCAAGUAUGGCGGGGCUAGAGGAGGCUAUGAAGGGGCUUGGCGGGGCUGUGGAAGGGGCUGUGGCGGGACAUUCUACGCGACAACCAAGCCUGAUCUCACCGACAAAAAAUGCAACCGCCUCGACCGGCGGGCUAAACCAGGUGAGGGCGGUUACUCCCGGUGCGCGUUGUGCCACGUACACAGGAUACUGUGGACUCCGCUGGACGCUUGGUCGGAUGGAACACCGUGUCGGCACCGUCGUGAAGAGGCUCCGCCUGGUACGCCGUUAGUCAGUCGGUGGGAUAAAUCUUCGAAUCGGCAUCGCUGACACGCGCCCAUCUGGUGCACCGUAGGAGACCGCGGCCUUACGGCGAUGUCGUAAGCCAUUGACAAAUUCGAGUCGUUCUUCCACUGCCAAGAAAAUCUCGUAGCCCACAGCGGAGUUCGGCCGCGCCGGCAAAUCAAGCAGCCCUAUUCAGGGAGGGACUCUGCUUCUCUUCGGAGGGAGCCUGGAAAAGCUGGCCUAAAGAUUGCUGGAGAACCACGUCGUCUGCAGGCUGACCAUGGUCGCAGACGUAAAACUGACGGUCGAAACAACCAAGAUCGAAAUAACAACAACGACAACGCUACUCGCUCUCCUUAUCCUACCUUUUCUUCCUCUUCCUUUGCCUAUUCUUCUGCUUAUUCUUCGCCUUCAGCACCUUUUUCUCCACCUCCUUCCCGUUGCUCCCCUCGUUGUCACCAGACUGGCAGGGUGAGUCCGCUCACUCUGGCAGCCUGGAAUGUUCGUUCCCUUUUAGACAAUCCGAGGUCCAACCGACCGGAAUGGAGGACGGCGCUAGUGGCUCAGGAACUGGCGCGCUACAAGAUGGACAUUGCCGCACUCAGCAAGACUCGAUUCUCCACACAAGGCCAACUGGAGGAGGUGGGUGCUGUCUACACCUUCGUCUGGAGCGGUCGCCCCAGAGCAGAGCGACGAGACGCAGGCGUCGCCUUCGCCAUUCGGAACGACAUCGUAGGACGACUGCCCUGUUUUCCGCAGGACAUCAACAAUCGCCUGACGAGACUCCGCCUGCCUGUCUAGGGAGGCAAAUUCGUCACCAUCAUCAGCGCCUACUUUCCACCGGUGACCAGUUCUGACACCGCAAGAGACAAAUUCUACGAGGACCUGCAUGCCCUCUUGGCGACUGUGUCGAAGGCGGACAAGUUGAUUGUUCUUGGCGACUUUAACGCCCGCGUCGGCGCGGACCAUGCUGCCGGGAAAGGAAUGCUCUGUUCCCAUGGUCUCAACGACUCCAACUACAAUGGCCUGCUCCCUCUCCGCACCUGCGCAGAACACCGCCUCAUUCUCAAGAACACCUUCUUCUGCCUGUCGAUGCGAAAGAAGACCACCUUGAUGCAUUCUCGAUCACGUCAGUGUAACCUGCUGGGCUAUGUCCUCGUCCGGAGGCGAGAUCAGCGGGACGUGCUGGUGACAAAGGCCAUUGCGGGAGCUGACGGGUAGACCAUCGCCUCGUCAUAUCGAAGAUGCGUAUUCGCCUACAGCCUCGCAGGAGACUACAAGGUAAGCGAUACCCAGGUAGGCUGAAUAUUGCCUUGUUGUCUUUACCCGCUCACCACUUUCAAUUCAGCAGUGAGCUAGCUCAACGGCUAGACAACCUUCCUAUCGAUGCCGCCGCCGACCCCGCCGCCAAAGCCGUCGCCGAGAACGCCUCCGUGGAGAACCGCUGGUGUCAAAUACGGGACACGGUCCAGUCGACGGCGCUAGCCGUCCUCGGUCGCUCACGCCACCAACACCAGGACUGGUUCGACGACAACGACUCCACCAUAGGAAAUCUGCUUGCUGAGAAGAACCGCCUACAAAAAGCCUACGUAGAUCACCCCACCGACGACAACAAAGCUGCUUUCUACCGCAGUCGCCGCCACCGUUAGCAACGACUGCGUGAGAUGCAGAGCGCCUGGACUGCUCGCAAAGCGGAGGAGAUCCAAGGAUACGCGGACCGCAACGAGUGGAAGAACUUUUUCUCCGCGACCAAAGCUGUCUAGGGUCCGCCGAUGAAGGACACUGCUCCUCUCCUCAGCGCCGACGGCAGAACCGUCCUGACCGAGAAGACACAAAUUCUACAGCGAUCGGCCGAACAUUUCCGAGGCGUUCUAAACCGCCCUCCGCACUCUCCGAUGCCGCCAUCGACGAUUUGCCGCAAGUGGAGACCAACGUGGACCUCGACCUCCCGCCAUCUCUCCAGGAAACCAUCAGGGCCGUGCAGCAGCUCUCCAGCGGGAAAGCACCCGGAUCGGACGCAAUCGCUGCUGAGGUCUACAAGCAUGGAGGUCCCCAACCAAUGGAUCGCCUGACUGCGCUCUUCCAGGAGAUGUGGCGUCAAGGUGAAGUCCCGCAAGAUUUCAAAGACGCAACCAUCGUGCAUCUCUGCAAGCGAAAAGGGAACCGCCAAGUCUGCGACAAUCACCGUGGCAUCUCCUUGCUGAACAUCACCGGGAAGAUCUUCGCUCGCAUCCACAUCAAUCGUCUGAAUAAUCAUCUGGAACAGGGCCUUCUGCCGGAAAGCCAGUGCGGCAUCCGUCGUCAUCGCCGAACCACGGAUACGAUCUUCGCCGCCCGUCAACUUCAGGAGAAGUACCUGGAGAUGCGGACCCACCUGUACUCUACCUUCGUGGACCUGACGAAAGCCCUCGAUACGGUGAAUCGUGAAGUACUGUGA